AUGUCGUAUUCAGCUGCAGCAAAUCCAAGCACUAGAGCUGAAAUCGAGGCACUCGUCAACCAAAAGGCAUGGAAGGAUUUGGAUUCUCUCCUGACCGAACGAAUGGCUUUUGGAACUGCCGGGCUUCGAGCUGCCAUGGGUGCUGGUUUCUCAAGGAUGAACGAUUUAACUGUCAUCCAAGCUACUCAAGGAUUGUGUCAAUAUAUGCUAAAAGUCAACCCUGACGUGUCGAAACAAGGUGUCGUAGUUGGACACGACCAUCGACACCAUUCCUUAUCCUUUGCCCAGUUGACGGCAGCUGUAUUCAUAUCCAAGGGCAUCAAAGUAUAUUAUUACAAGAAUCUCACUCACACCCCACUUGUGCCAUAUGGAGUCAAAAAGCUGAAAGCUGCAGCUGGAAUCAUGAUAACGGCUUCGCACAACCCAAAACAGGAUAACGGUUACAAAGUUUACUGGUCAAAUGCCUGUCAGAUUAUACCUCCACACGACACUGGAAUAGCAGACAUGAUCCUUCAACACUUACAGCCUUGGACAUGGGAUUAUGAAUUAUGUCAAACAAGUCCGUUAUCUAGCGACCCAUCAGAACAACUGGCUGUUGAAUACUUUGAAGAUGUGAAGAAAUUAUCAUACUACCAUGAUACCAACUCUACCACCGAUUUGACCUUUUGUUAUACGGCCAUGCAUGGUGUUGGAUGGCCUUUUGCUGAAAGGUCGUUUAAAGCUUUUGGACACAAGCCAUUUGUUAUUACGCCUGAGCAGGUCGAGCCAAAUCCUGAUUUCCCUACUGUGGAAUACCCAAAUCCAGAAGAAGGAAAAGGUGCUUUGACUCUGGCUAUGAAAGCAGCUGAUGCGGCCAAUGCCAGAAUCAUAUUAGCGAAUGAUCCAGAUGCUGAUCGAUUAGCAAUCGCCGAAAAAUUGUCGAGCACCGACUGGCACAUAUACUCUGGAAACGAAAUUGGAUCCAUUUUGGGAUGUUGGGUGUGGGAGAAUUACCAAAAGAGUUCAAAGAAAUCAGACAAAGGAGCGGCCAUGUUGGCAAGUACAGUAUCAUCCAAGAUGCUGGAAGUCGUUGCCAAAAAGGAAGGUUUCUACUUUGAGGACACAUUAACUGGUUUCAAAUGGCUGGGUAAUCGAGCUAUAACACUGUCUGAACAAGGAUAUGAUGUGGUGUUUGCAUUUGAAGAGGCUAUAGGCUUCAUGGUGGGAGAUAUAGUUCACGACAAGGAUGGUGUUAGCGCUCUGUCUGUUGUUGCAGAGUUGGCUGUAGAACUCUCGAGGAAAGGAAUGAGAGUGUACGAUUACUUGCAGCAACUGUAUCAGAGAUACGGUUUCUUUGUUUCCAACAACUCUUACUUUAUAUGUCAUGAGGCAGCCACCAUUCAGUCUAUAUUCGACAAGAUACGAUAUGGUGCGAAGAGAGCACCUGCUCCUGAUCAUUCAUACUCAUAUCCAACUCAUCUCGGUGGAUUCAAAGUCACAUCCGUACGAGACCUGACUGUUGGAUAUGACACAUCUACAAGUGAUCAUAUACCUAAACUGCCAAGCUCGGCAUCAUCACAGAUGAUAACAUUCAGAUUAGAGAAUGAUUGUGUGAUUACUCUGAGAACUUCGGGCACAGAACCAAAGAUCAAAUAUUACAGUGAAUUGUCUGGAUCAAGUAAAGAAUCAGCUACUGCAUCGCUUGAUGCUAUUAUCGCUGAUAUGACAGACAAGUUACUUGAACCACAAGCAAACAAGUUGGGAUACAGGAAGCCAUAA